GUGACGUACUUCCCCGUGGGGGCGUGUCAUCUCCCGGAAGCGACCGCAAUCCCCGCCCUCGGGGCGGUGCAUGGAUGCUUGAGACGGUCAGCAUGAGAGUCCCAGUGAGGUCCGCUGUGCGGCCUCUGUGGAACGCCGCGCGCGUUGUCAUUCCCUGCAUUUGGAGAGGGAAACACUUCAGUUCCGGGAAUGAACCGGCAGAAAACAACCGGGUGACCCCAAUGCUGCGGCAUCUUAUGUACAAAAUAAAAUCUACUGGUCCCAUCACCGUGGCCGAGUAUAUGAAGGAGGUGUUGACCAACCCAGCCAAGGGAUAUUAUGUACACCAUGACAUGCUAGGAGAAAAAGGAGAUUUCAUUACUUCACCUGAAAUAAGUCAGAUCUUUGGCGAGCUAAUAGGAAUAUGGUUCAUUAGUGAAUGGAUCGCUGCUGGAAAAAGUGCAGCUUUCCAGCUGGUGGAACUGGGCCCAGGUCGGGGUACCCUCACAGGAGAUAUUUUGAGGGUGUUCAGUCAACUUGGAUCUGUGCUGAAAAACUGUGACAUUUCAAUACACUUGGUAGAGGUGAGCCAAAAAUUAAGUGAGAUUCAAGCACUGACACUGACUGAACAGAAGAUCCCCUUAGAGCGAAAUGCUGAAUCCCUAGUAUAUAUGAAGGGUGUUUCUAAAUCUGGGAUUCCAAUUUCCUGGUACCGAAAUUUACAGGAUGUUCCAAAAGGAUACAGCUUUUAUCUUGCACAUGAAUUUUUUGAUGUUCUUCCUGUGCAUAAAUUUCAGAAAACACCACAAGGAUGGAGAGAAGUAUUUAUUGAUAUUGAUCCACAAGUUUCUGAUAAAUUGAGGUUUGUUUUGGCUCCUUGUGCCACCCCUGCAGAAGCCUUCUUACAGCAUGAUGAAACAAGGGAUCAUGUUGAAGUAUGUCCUGAUGCUGGGGUUAUUAUUCAGGAACUUUCUCAACGCAUUGCAUUAACUGGAGGUGCUGCACUGAUUGCUGAUUAUGGUCAUGAUGGAACAAAGACAGAUACCUUCAGAGGGUUUUGUGGCCACAGGCUCCAUGAUGUCUUAACUGCACCUGGAACAGCAGACCUUACAGCUGAUGUGGACUUCCAUUAUUUGCGCAGAAUGGCAGAAGAAAAAGUAGCCUCUUUGGGUCCAAUAGAACAACAAACAUUUUUGAAAAAUAUGGGUAUUGAUGUCCGGUUGAAGGUUCUUUUAGAUAAAUCAGAUGACCCAUCAAUGAGACUGCAGUUACUUCAGGGAUAUGAUAUGUUAAUGAAUCCUAAGAAGAUGGGAGAAAGAUUUAACUUUUUUGCCUUGCUUCCUCAUCAGAGACUUCAUGGUGGAAGUCAUCAGAUGAAUGCACAGCAGUCAAGACCCUCUGCAUCUCCUGUAGCUGGGUUUGAUGAACUUACUUGGCGGUGAUAUUUCAGUUUGGACCUUUUAUACCCCUAAAUUGGCCUAAGAAAUCAAAGUAAAGGGAAUAUAUUUCAUACAUUAAAGGUAAACAGAUGAUUUUGGAGUAUUUUCUCUCUUCAUAGCCAAUGAAAAUAACCUAAAUAAUAAACAAAAUUAUAGAUCUUUUGGGUUGGAAUGGA